AGGCUCGAGCUUAUACAGAACUGUCAAACUCAUUUUCUGCUACGAACAUUAUGGCUUCAGGACCUAGCAAAAUUACCGUGGAAAGGAAUCAAAGGAUUUUAAUGGAGCUGGUGUUGGUACCAGGAAAUGAUGUAUGUGCGGAUUGCAGAAGCCGUAACCCUCGAUGGGCAUCUCACAAUCUUGGCAUUUUUCUUUGUGUUUCUUGUGCAAGUAUCCACCGCAAGAUGGGAACACAUAUAACGAAAGUCAAAAGUAUCACGCUUGAUUCGUGGACUAAAGAACAAGUUGAAGUUAUGAAGCAGAACGGCAAUGUCAAAUCCAACGCUCAUUAUAAUCCCAACGAAGCACGCCACCCUCCUCCCACCAACAUGAUUGAUACCGAAAGAGACAGCGAGCUAGAGAAGUACAUCAGAAACAAGUAUGAGUUCAAACGGUUUAUAGACCGAUCAGCUCUUGCGUCUUCUCGACUUGAUCCCUCGCGAUCGGUGUCGGGAAAUUUAUCUUCCAGACCGAAAUCGACACCUGUUCCUGAUCCGGCUAUAACUCACCGGAAUAUCUCCUCAGCUCCUGCACUACCUGCGAAGCCUGUAGAGGCAAAAAACGUUGCAUAUGGAAGCUUGACUUCUGCUAGCAAUAUCCAAGCGAAACCCUUCCAGGCGAAUACCAUGCAGCCGACUAGGUCCAUAUCGCAGCCUUUACCAUCUCAGGCAAAUGCACUGUCGUCUCAGGUUCCGCCCCCGCCCUCAUCUCAAUCGCAGGUCUGGAACGACCUCAUAUCGCUCCAGACUCCUGCUCAAACCUCUUCCUUACCGCUCCAAUAUCAAGCGCCAAGUGUGUCACACAUUAGUAUUCCUAUCCCAUCUCAACAACCCUCCUACUCUCUUGGUGCAACUUCCAGUCUCAACCCCUAUUCGAAUAUUUCCAUCGUCCCUGGAACUUCCAUCACCCAAAUGCCACAUAUGAGCAGCCCUAUUGCGCUAUCACCUAGUAAUGUCGGUCCAGGAAUAGGCUUUCAAUCUGGACUGUCCACAGGCUCCGUCGUGCCUGUUCAUGUGCCUGGCGCCAACAACCCAUUCCAACAGCAGCCCCCUGGAUUUUCUCACAUGUCUGCGCACAGUAACCUGACCAACCCUUUCAAUUCGUACCUGCCUUCUUCUGGAGGUCCUGUGAUCGGUGGUACGGGAGCGGUGAAUCCUAGCUUAGCGGUACAACCACCCUCACUACAGCCUUUCCAUCAAGGGACGCAGUCACAACUACAAGUACAUUCACAUUCACAUGUCCCAGUGUCUGUCCAACCGCAAAUCCCUGGUAGCCAAUUUUUUCAGCCGCAACAACAGCUUCAGCAAGCGCAGUACUCGGCUCAGCAACCAUUUUCUGGAUCGCCUUCACCUUAUCCUGCUCAGCCAGACAUGCAGCAACAGCAACAAUAUUCUCAGGGUAAUCCAUAUGCUUUGUGGCAUCAAGGACAACAGCAAGGCGGCCAGCCAUGGGGAAAUUUCUAAUGUGCUGUAGCUGUCUCUUGAUUAAAUCCGCGCUUUACAAUGUUUUUCUACUUCGGACUUAUAGUUGUAGCUUUUUGCACUGGUCUAGUUUUAGUAUGUGAGAGUGCCUGAAAUUCUUUGUGUUCACAGAGUGCUCGCGUGGAUAUUUCAUAUGUUUACAUAGGGAAAUAUGCAGGCGUGUUUGAUAUCAUGAUAUGAUCCAGUAUGAGCAAGAGAGGUCUGCUUUAGCCUUAAGCUGACUUAGUCU